AUGCUCUUCUCUUCUCUCGCCGUUGUUGCGGCCGCAAGUGCCGCGCUGGCAUCUCCCGUCAAGCCCAGCGGCAAGACCGUCACUCUGCCCGUCAAGCGCGUCUCCAACGUCAAGUCGGCCAAGAACCUGGUCCAGAAAGAGCGCGCCCGUCUUGACAAGAUCAACGGCGUCAAGACUGUCAACGUCGACGCUGUCUCCGGCCCCGUCACCAACGAGCUCAUCACCUACGUGGCCGAGGUCACCAUUGGCGGCAGCACCUACGACCUCAUUGUCGACACUGGAUCCUCCAACACCUGGUGCGGUGCCCAGAACCGGUGCGAGCCCUCCUCCACCGGCCGAUCCACCGGCGCCUCCGUCUCGGUGCCCUACGGCUCCGGCUCCUUCUCCGGCACCGAGUACAUCGACACCGUCAGCUUCGGCGGCCUGACCGUCUCGAAGCAGUCGAUUGGCGCUGCCUCCGAGUCCACUGGCUUCGACGGCGUCGACGGCAUCAUCGGCUUUGGCCCCGUGGGCCUCACCCAGCAGACCGUUGACGGCGCCAGCCAGGUUCCCACCUUUACGAACAACCUCCUCAGCCAGGGCUCCAUCUCGACCGAGGUGCUGGGCGUGUCCUUCAGGCCCGAGUCCGGCAGCGACACCGACGACACCAACGGCGAACUGACGAUUGGCGGCACCGACAGCUCCAAGUUCUCGGGCUCCAUCACCUACUUCCCCACCGUCACGAGCGGCACCGCAGCCCGCUACUGGGGCAUCUCCAUCGCCAGCGUCUCCUACGGCUCGACGACUCUGGCCUCGUCCACCAGCGGCAUCGUCGACACCGGCACGACGCUCAUCUACAUUGCCACCCCCGCCUACAACAAGUUCCUCUCGGCCACGGGCGGCUCGCUCGACCGCUCCGGCUUCACCAUCUUCAACUCCAAGCCCACGUCCAACAUCAACAUCAAGUUUGGAUCAACCACCUUCUCCCUCACCCCGGCACAGUACCUGGUGCCAACCUCGCAGUACAGCAACCUGGGCUUCCGACAGGGCAAGUUCUACGCCUGGAUCUCCGACGGUGGCACCACCGGCGUCACCACCGUCAUCGGCCAGAAGUUCCUCGAGAACUACUACUCCGUCUUUGACACCACAAACUCUCGCAUUGGCUUUGCUACCGCGAAAUAA